AUGGCCUCCCUCACCACCCAAACCUACACCCCCUCCGAAACCACCGAGAUCCAAACCUGGCUCACCAAAGCCACCACCACCCUGCAAUCCCCCUCCCCCAGCGACCUCGACGCCCUCAAUACCGACCUCGCAACACGCACCACCGCGCUCGGCACCAAGCCCAGCGAGGCCGACAUCGCCCUGUACAAAGCCCUAGCCCCGUUGGUCAAGACAUGGACGGCGGAAGAACGCACGGGGGAGAGGGGACGCCCGAAUAUUGUGAGGUUGGUCGAUUUUGUGCAGAAUAGUCCCGUGUAUGAGGGUGGUUUGAAGCUGGCGGAGGGGGAGAAGGUGCAGGUGGAUGUGGAGGAGAUUUUGUGGGUGAAGCCGAUCGUGGAUGCAAAGGCGGAGAAGGAACGGUUGAAGAAGGAGAAGGCUGCGGCUGCGGCGGCUGCUGCCGCAGGUGCCGGCGCUGCGGGUGCGGGCGGUGCUGCUGGAGGAGAGAACAAGACCCUCGUCGACCGGACAAAGGACGCCGCUGCUGCUGUCGCCGACAAAGCCGCCGAGACCAAAGACAAAGUCGUCGCGGCCGUGGCAGGCGGCGAAGGCGGUGCGGGCAAGAAACCCAAAAAAGAGAAAAAAGAACGCGCCCCCAAGCAACCCGCCGCUCCCCCGGCGCCCGUGGUUCUCUCCCCAUGCCUGAUCGACCUCCGCGUCGGACACAUCCUGAAGGCGAUCAAGCACCCGGAAGCGGACUCCCUCUACGUCUCGACCAUCGCCAUGGGCGACCCGGCCGGCACGGACGACACGACGGAGCACGAAGGCCAGGUCGUGCGCACCGUGUGCUCUGGACUGAACGGAUUGGUGCCGCUGGAGGAGAUGCAAGGCCGCAAGGUGGUGGUUGUGUGUAACCUGAAGCCGGUUAAGAUGCGCGGGAUCAAGUCGUCGGCUAUGGUGCUGGCUGCGUCGCCGCGGAUUAAGGAGGGGGAGGUGGACGAUCAUAAGGGGCCUGUGGAAUUGGUUAACCCGCCGGCGGAUGCCAAGGCGGGCGAGAGGGUGUACUUUGAGGGAUGGCAGGGGGAGCCGGAGAAGGUGUUGAACCCGAAGAAGAAGAUUUGGGAGACGUUUCAGCCGGGGUUUACUACGACGGAGGGGCUGGAGGUGGCGUUUGAUGCUGGGGUGGUUGAGGCGUUGGAGGGGAAGAGUGGGCUGGGCAAGUUGGUGACUGCUAGUGGGGGGGUGUGCAAGGUCGCUUCGCUGACGGGGGCGCAGGUGCGGUAG